AGGAUUCAGGCGCAACACUCAGAACAACGAAGGAAAUGGAGUUGAAAGAUGCGCUUUCCAUGAAGAAAGGAGAUGGAGAAAACAGCUAUGUUAAGCAUUCAUUAUACACGGUUUGAUUGUAAUCUCUCCCCAAAUCUAUUCGUUCAUUCUGUUUCUGUUGUUUUAAUUUAUAAACAAUCUUUGAAUGCAGCAAAAGGUUGCCGCUUUAACCAUGCCUCUAGUUGACACAGUGACUCAAUCUCUGUUCAAAAGCCCUGAUCUUUUCCCUUGUCAGGUUCUUAAUAUAGCAGAUUUGGGUUGUGCUGCCGGUCCAAACACAUUUCUGGUAAUGUCUACAGUGUUACAGAGCAUCGCAAACAAGACCGAUGAACUCAAAUUGAAGACACCGGAAAUCCAAUUUUACUUGAACGAUCUUCCAGCCAAUGAUUUCAAUACACUCUUCAAGGGUAUCUCUGUUUUCCGUCAACAAUAUGAGGGUCAGUUCUCUUGCUUUUUCACUGCAGUGCCCGGCUCCUUCCACGGCCGGCUUUUUCCCCGGCACAGCUUGCAUCUUGUUCAUUCAUGUUACAGCGUACAUUGGCUCUCCAAGGCCCCCAGAAUUGUAUCUGAGGAAGGGUUUCCGUUGAACAGAGGUAAUCUUUAUAUAUCUAAAACAAGCCCCUCUGUUGUGAGGGAAGCAUACCUGUCCCACUUUCAAGAAGAUUUCUCCUGUUUCUUAAAAUCCAGGUCGCCGGAGUUGGUUCCCGGCGGUCUCAUGCUUCUGAUACUCCGUGGACGGGAGUCGGAAGAUCCUUUCUGUAAACAUAGUUGCUACAUAAUGGGACUUUUAUCUGAGGCCAUAGCUGAAUUGGCUAAACAGGGACUGAUUAAGGAAGAGAAAUUAGACGAUUUUAAUGUACCCUACUACACACCGUGGCAAGAGGAAGUUCGUGAAGUGGUGGAGAAAGAGGGGUCUUUCACGACGGUUUAUUUGGAGACGGCGACGAUCGAGACUGGAGGCAAGAAUGUGUUUCCAAGUCCAGAAGUGCGAGCUAAAGCGAUUAGGGCCUUCACAGAACCGAUGAUGUCACAGCAAUUUGGAGCAGAGGUAAUGGAUAAGUUAUACAGCAAGAUUGAACAGAUGGUAGUCGAAGAUUUUAAGGACGGAAGAGAAUCAAAAAAGGGUAUUAGCGUUGUUGUUGCGCUGAGAAAGAAAAAAUGCAUGUUAUGAAAUUAAGGGCUGUGCCUGUGACUCUUACACUACUAAGAAAGCUUAAAUCAUGCGAAAAAGAGUGUAAUUGCUCUGAUUUCUAUUUGUACAUGGUGAACAACAUAAGUAGUCUAAAUUUGAAUUGCAUGAUGUGUAAAUGAAUAAGUUAAGCAACGAGAG